CUUAUCCAAGAAAUAAAUAUGGAUUCUAAAAACAUCAAACUUCCAAAAAUAGACUUUUCUCAUGAAGACUUAAAGCCACACACACUUGUAUGGAACCAAGUGAAAAGCCAAGUCCACAAAGCACUAGUAGAAUAUGGUUGUUUUGAAGCUUCCUUUGAUAAAUUUCCAAUACAUCUUAGAAAAUCCAUUUUUGAAUCCUCACAAGAGCUUUUUGAUCUCCCUUCACAAACCAAACUUAAAAGCAUUAGAACCAAACCCUUCAAUGGCUAUGUUGGAUUCUGCCACCCUUCAAUUCCACUAUAUGAAAGCAUGGGCAUUGAUGAUGCUAACAUCCCACAUAAAGCUGAAAAAUUCACUCAAAUUCUAUGGCCUCAAGGAAAUACUUCUUUUUGUAAAACUGUUCAGUCAUACUCAGAGCAACUAUCAGAGUUAGACCAAACGAUAAGGAGAAUGAUUUUGGAGAGUUUAGGGGUGGAAAAUUACAUGGAUGAGCAUAUGAAUUCGACUAAUUACCUUCUUCGAUUGAUGAAGUAUAAAACACCUCAAAGCAGCGAGAAUGAGAUGGGACUAAGUUCUCACAGAGACAAGAGCAAUAUUACCAUAUUAUACCAAAAUCAAGUGAAUGGUCUUCAAGUUUUGACCAAACAUGGACAGUGGAUCAAUGUUGAUCCUACACCAGACACAUUUAUUGUCUUAAUUGGAGACUCACUACAUGCAUUGACAAAUGGUCGAAUCCAUGCACCAUUUCAUAGAGUGAUGGUGAAAGGAAACGAAGCAAGGUACUCAAUUGGUUUGUUUACAAUACCUAAAGCUGGAUACAUGAUAAAGGCACCAAAAGAGCUAGUAGAUGAAGAACACCCUUUACUUUAUAAGCCCUUUACUCAUCUUGAAUUCAUUACUUUCAGCUAUACUGAAGAAGGCAUGAAAUGUGAAUCUGCUUUGAAGACCUAUUGUGGUGUCUGA